CAGGAUCAUGGUGCGUCCAUCAUCGGCUCACUGCUUCCGUUAACAGCUUCUUCAUGGGUAUUCAUUUGACGUUGAAGAGGCCACGGCCCGCAUCGCUAAUGAGAGCACCGCCUGUUAGCUAUAAAUCAAUCACGUCCGAGCAUGAAUCUCAGAGCACAAGUCUAAGCAGCUUCACCCGCCAUCAUGAAAUGGUCAAAUCUCAUCCUUGCACUUGCAGCUACUGUUAUAGCAGCGCCGCCAGAACCGAGCCAGAAGCCAGGAGCACUGCCACCGGCGCCUCCACCCGGUCCUCAAGGCUACUCUGCACUACCGCCUUACAAGCCAGGACAACUUCCAAGCAGCUUCAAAUGGACAUCGACGGGAGUUCUUGUCACUCCUAAAAAUGAUACACGAAAUAUUGCUGGUGUUAAGGAUCCCUCGAUCAUCUUCCUCGAGGGCACCUAUCACGUUUUUGCCAGUGCUGCGAGGUCUGAGGGCUACAACUUGCUGUACUUCAACUUCACCGAUAUUGCAAACGCGAACGAUGCUUCAUUCUACUAUCUCGACCAAGCCUCUCUCGGGACUGGCUACCGCGCUGCCCCUCAAGUGUUCUACUUCGCACUUCAGAAGCUGUGGUACCUAAUCUACCAGAAUGGCAACGCCGCAUACAGCACGAACCCAGAUAUCGGCAACCCAGCUGGUUGGACUGCCCCGGAAGUCUUCUAUCCUAUUGGAACGCCAGCUCUCAUUGCUGAAGGUCUUGUGACUCCCCAGCAAGGUUACUGGGUCGACAUGUGGGUCAUCUGCGAUGACACUGACUGCCACUUGUUUUCACACGACGACAAUGGCCGCCUUUAUCGCAGUCAGACCACCCUUGCGCAGUUCCCGAACGGAAUGAGCGAGCCCGUGAUCGCUCUUUCCGAGCCUCGUAAGGAAGACCUUUUCGAAGCAUCGAAUGUCUACCACCUCGACGAAGGCACCUAUCUGCUGCUCGUCGAAUGCAUUGGUCAGGGAGAGUCUGGCGGUGGCGUUCGCUACUUCAAGUCCUGGACGGCUAAGGAUCUUGCGGGCCCAUGGGACGCACUCCAGAGCACCCAGGAGAGCCCUUUCAUGGGCGCUGCGAACGUGAAGUUCCCUCCUGGUCAGAAUUGGACGAUCAGCAUCUCUCACGGUGAGAUGAUCAGGAAUGAAGUUGAUCAAAGACUGAGGCUGGGUCCAUGUGGUUCUUGGAGGUUCUUGUACCAGGGCAUCAACCCAUCUCCGACCAACGUGUCGUACAAUGCCUUACCGUGGGAAUUUGGUCUUCUCACUCAAGAUGGAUGCUGAACAUCUGCGUGAGAACGAACCUUGCCAGUGCAUGUGGAGGGAAGUAAUCUGUAAAGAUAAACCGCUUCGCGAGCCCUCAAGCAGAUUGGAACCUUUUUGAGCGUCACUACGUUGAUUAUCUGCCCUCAGUUGCUUCUUGGGAUUGGCUGGCCGCUGGCCAGGCUGGACCGGAACGACGUAGCUCUCACAUGACAGACACAUAAGUGGGAUCCAGUCCUAUCGACACAAGGCGCUAGCAGGGAUGUUGUCGAUCUCAGGGUCUGGCUGGCGGCUACGCUACGAACACAAAAUAUCGUUCGCACAACAGCACUUUCAAGUCUUCAUCCUUCUCGCGCCCUUCCUAAAUCACCCAAAGCAAC